UUAGAUAAAGUCAAAAUCAAGCAAAAUGUCAGCGUGCUAAUAUAUCUAUAUGAAUUUACUAUAAAAUAAAUAAAAUUACUUAUAUAAAAACAUAAAAAAUCGUAUAAAAUGAUCGAAAAAAAUUGCGAAGUUAAAAAUCUUGAAAAUAUAAAUUUUAAUAAAGUAAAUAAAUAUAAAAUUGCACCUUAUCAAUAUGGUUAUCGGGACCAUAUUAGUGGCAGGCGCUUCGGUGACGGCGAGCAUAUUUGUAGUCCAGGUGGCUGUGUUGCCUCUAAUAUUUAAAUACAGCAAGUCAGUUCAAAGGAAAAUGGUAUUUUCUAACUGCAUAAACUAUCCAAGACACUUGGAUUACGAGAACCCGUCAAGUUGUAACGUCGUCGGAGGAAGACAUUUCAAUAUCUCGUUCCAGUCUGUUGUCGAUUCCUGUCCUAUCAAACUCGGAGCGUGGCACAUAGUGCCGUGUUCAAUGUUUCGCGAGGUGUUUGUGAUUCGUGACUACCUGUCCGUGGACGCUCGUCUCCACAAUGAACUCAAGCGGACGCAGAACACAGUCGUACUCUACUGUCAUGGCAAUUCAAACCACCGCGCUUCGCCGCACAGGCUACAAAUGUACAAAGUGUUCCAAGAAUUAAAUUUCCAUGUGAUUACAUUUGACUACAGAGGAUAUGGUGACUCCACGCACGUGAGGCCGACGGAGCGAGGAGUGGUGGAAGAUGCACUGGCGAUGUAUGCCUGGCUGAUAGAAUCCCUCAAUGAGAAGGACAAACCACCUGUUAUCAUAUGGGGACACUCUUUAGGAACGGCAGUAGCAGCAAACAUGGCCGCCAAUCUGUCAGACCUGUGCCGCACCCAGGGUCGCGCGCAGCUGCCGCCUCCAGACGCCGUGGUGCUCGAGGCGGCGUUCAAUAACCUCACUGAUGAGAUUGAGAGCCAUCCCUUCUCUAAGUUAGUAUCCUGGCUGCCUUAUUACAAGGAUACCUUCGUGAAGCCAUUCGCUGCAUCAUCAGAGUACACGUUCACCACCGACCAGUAUCUGUGUUGCGUGCCAGAUCUACCAAUCCUCAUGCUGCACUCCAAAGGAGACAAGAUUGUACCCUUCAAUCUAGCUGUUAAGUUACACACAAAAGUGGCUGAAUCCCGACAGAAGUCGAAUGCUCCGCUAGUGUUCCAUGCAUUCGAGCGCGGUUUGGGACUGGGACACAACAACUUAUGCGAAGCGACGGAACUGAAGGAUGUGGUGGCACAAUUUCUGAAACAAGUCAAGGAAUCAAAGAAGCCAAGGCCUAAGAUCAAAGCGAAGAAAUCUCUAUCAAAGAAAUCUCUAUCAAAGAAAUCUUUAUCAAAAAUGUAGUAUUUGAAAGCAUGUUCUUUUAAUUAAAAAAAA